AUGUCCCUUGCCGCCUUUGUCACUGAUGCCGACAUGAAUUUGCUUGACGAGUCUGGUUACGAGGCUGUGAUCCAUCACAGCAGAGAGCAGCUCGAUCGCAUGGGCGAAUGGUGCACGAGUCAUCAUGGCGACUCGGGACUAAGUCAAGACUGUCUCGAUUCUACCACUACCGCAGAGCAAGCAGCCGAGGGGUUAUUGGAGUACAUCAAGAAGUAUGUGCCUGAACGUCGCACUGGACUUCUGGCCGGAAACUCUGUUCACGCCGAUAAGUCAUUCCUCGUCAAGCAGCCUUACAAGGUGGUCACGGAUCAUCUGCAUUACCGACUUCUGGAUGUCAGCAGCAUCAAGGAAGCUGCGCGAAGAUGGGCACCCAAGGAUGUUCUGAAGAAGAUUCCGAGGAAGCAGAUGCUACACGAGGCUCGCGCUGACAUCCUUGAAAGCAUCGAGGAGCCCGUGGCAAGUUCCCUGAACAAAGACCCAUUUCUCGGUCUUGACGCGCUCUUCACAGGCCUUCGAUAUAUUAGAGAGCACAAAAUUCUGGAAUUGACUUGCGAGUUGUUCCGUGACCAUGGCAACACAUGGACAGUCAAGGAGUUUCAUCAUAACGCCAUUGUCACUAUCGAAUCAGAAAACAUCAAGACGAUUCUAUCCCUCAAGUUUCAAGACUACGGCAUUGCUUUUCGGCUUGCGCCUUUCCAACCACUCCUUGGUGAAGGCAUCUUCGAUACCGAUGGCGAGCGAUGGGCAAGUUCGCGAGCUCUUGUUCGUCCUAGUUUCACUCGUGAGCAGAUAGCAGAUUUGGCAUCGCUGGAAGACCUGAUUCAGGAUCUCUUUGUCUUGCUACCUCGUGAUGGUAGAACCGUGGUGGACCUGCAGGAUGCCUUCUUCCGUUAUACCUUGGACAGUGCCACCGAAUUUUUGUUUGGACAGGCAGUCGGCAGUCUGAAGGGCCAUUCAUCCGAUCAAAAGUUUGCACAGGCAUUCAAAUAUGCCCAGGAAGCGAUCAUAACGCGAGGGGCCUUGGGCCCACUCAGCAUGUUCUGGCGUGACCGCAAGGCCAACGAGUGCAAUCGUAUUUGCCGGGACUUUGCAAGACAAUUCGUCGACGACGCUAUCCAUAUGUCCCAGUCGAUGAAGCAAGACGAAGCACAAAAUGAACCUGGGAAGCGCAAGAGGGUUAUAUUCUCAUAUGAACUGGCAUCGCGAACGAAUGACCCUGAGCGAAUUCUGGACGAGGUGAUGAAUCUUCUGGUAGCUGGACGAGACACUACCGCCAGUCUCUUGGGCAACCUCUUCUUCAUGCUCGCGAAGAAUCCAGCCAUAUGGGACAGACUAAGGUCUGAAGUGGCAGUCUUGGAAGGACGUACGCCAACUUAUGAAGAUCUUCACAAGUUGAAGUAUGUUAAAUGCUGUGUUAAAUAACUAGCUUUGCGCCUACAUCCGGUUGUACCGCGCAACAGCCGAAUGGCUAUCAGAGAUACUGUCCUGCCACUCGGAGGUGGCCCUGAUGGACUUCAACCUGUCUUCGUCCCGAAGGGAACACACGCUAGCUACAAUCUUUACGCGAUGCACCGUCGUAAAGAUAUAUACGGCCCAGAUGCGGACGAUUUCCGUCCAGAGCGCUGGCUGGACGGCACAUUGCAGCCUCGUUGGGGGUUUCUGCCGUUCAAUGGCGGACCGCGCAUUUGUAUCGGCCAACGGUUUGCUUUGACGGAGGUUGAAUACGUCCUGGUGAGGAUGGUACAGGAGUUUCGAAUCUUGGAAAGUCAGGAUCCUGGUCCAUGGGAAGAGUCUUUGGCUUUGACGUUGUGUUCGAGGAAUGGCACGAAAGUGUGUCUUACUGCUGCUUGAAUCAUACCAUAGGGGAAACUAUGGGACUCCACCAGCGCGUCCACAGAACAUAGGGCGAUUACCAAGCCAGGUACCUUGCAUCUGCUGCUCUUCAAGACAAUGGAAACACCCAACUCAACAAUCACGCAAUCGUAUCUCAUGUGCAGGGAGGCAACGA